AUUUUUUUAUGUUAAAUAUAUAUAAAAACUGUAUGCAAAAAGGAAUACUUUAUCAUUUUUGGCACAUAGUUAUUAAUUAAUGUAUUAUCUUUAAUAGAAACUGUGAAGUAAGAAACUGCUUUGUGAAUAUCAUAAGACAACAUUUCUACAAUUAUGUUUUUUGCGACUUAUUUGUCUGUGAAGAUUUUCUACCUUUAAAAGAAGUUUUAUUCGAAAAUUGCAGUUACAUCAUGGAAAUGAAAUCAUACAUCAUGUAAAUGAAAUACACAUCAUGAAAAUAAAGCAUGAUGGAAAUGAAAUAAACAGUACGGAAAUUAAAUAAACAUCAUGAAAAAAAUAUAACAGCAUGGAAAAGAAAUAAACAGCACGGGAAUGAAAUAAAUGAAAGUGUUAAACAUAAAUUAUUGAAGAAGUAAUUUUCGUUGAAGUUAUUUUUCACCUGGGAAACAUAUUUUUUAAGAAAGAACAAACCGUUCAACUCAGCAUGCCUCAAUAAGGCGGGAUUUUGAGAUUUAAUAUUAAAUAUUCGACUGUGUACAAGUAUAAUUAAUAUAUAUUAUGGUCAUGAACGGACACGCAUACACAGCUACUUUGACAAUGAAAUAUAGUUCUCUAAAACCCUGGAAUCUAAUUGUAUUUCUUCUGAUCUUGUUGCCGACAUAUGGAGAGAUGUAUGAUCCGCUUCAGCUUGCCUUCCAACGUUAUGAAGAAGCUAUCGGCGGAAGUUGUGACGUACAACCUCUACCGGAUGCGAUAGACUGGUGCGACAGUCCGCUCAAUUCGCUCGGUCGCCUGCCCGAAAACUGCGUGUGCCAGUCUAUGUAUACACCGGGGGUGACACUCGUCUGCGAAGACAGGAAAUGGAACGCAGUUAAAGGUCAACACAGUGUUUCGAUACGCUCCUUGGAACUAGCGCUCACCCGAGCCAAUUUGUCUUGCCCAUUCUUCUGUGAGCCAGACACCACGCAACCUUCCCGUUUGGCGCCAAAUUUCACGUUUUGUCCUUCGUCUAUCACACUAUUCCCAGAACGAGGCCAGUCGGAAGUGACGUAUGAAUGGCAGGUGCCCGAAGCUGUUGACUAUGACGGAAACAUAACAAGAUUGGUACAAAUCGUUGGCCAGAACUCGAGUUGGAGUUUUGCAAGCUCCGUGUCACCAGGGACGCCUCACGUGAUCUCAUACCUAGCAACCGAUGACGACAACUUGAAUUGGACAUGUACUUUCACCAUAACAGCGGAAACGCCAACCUGUUCCGCCAUUACUCACCUAGAAAAUGGCGUCCUGAACUGCACAGACGACAAUCUGCGCGCGAGCAGGUGCGAGUUCCUGUGUGACCAUGGUUACCAGCUGAACGCCACCUACUGGACAGAAUGUCAAGACAACGGCACGUGGUCCAAUAUGGAGGAACUCCCCCAAUGUUUGCCGAUACCAUGUGAAAACAACAUCACGAGCGUACUGGCGGACGGACGACUGGAAGCGGACUGCGGUAAUGCUAGUCUGGAGUUUGGAAACGUCUGCUGGCUAACUUGCAAGGACAACUUCCGGUUGAGAAAUCCUGCGCUGGAGCAAAGCAUUCUGGGUAGACAACAGGAUGACUUCAUCAACGCUUCGUUGCUAUACGAUGCGGCGAGAAAUGCGUCUACAGUGGCGAUUUUUGAGACUGCAGAAGCGACGGAACAACUUAACAAACGAAAAGCGGAAGUGGCUGACGCUCAAGACGUGGUGGACAUUCGCGCCGCUCAACUACAUGCUACGAUAACAGAAGUGACCUCACUGACUGCCGUUAUUAGCGAGUCUCAAGAAAAUCUCGAACAAGCUCAGCAAGAAUUAGCGGACGCUUUGGCUAACGACAACUCGGAUGAAAUUCUUGUUGCCGAGCUUACAAAUAAUGUUAAUGCCCUAAACCAGACGCUUAUUGAACAUUUAGCUGAGAUAGAAAGUAAAGAGAAAGAGAUUGAAGGCAUUGAACAGCUUUUGGGUGAAGCGCAGGUGGCGUUUGCGCAUGCACAUGAAGCGGAAGUAAAUGCUACCAAACUAGCUGAUGAAAAAUCCGCACUAGCGACAGAGUUGCAGAUUAAAGCGGAUGACCUAUUAAAACAGCUUAACGAAACCGACACCUUAUACGCCGCCGUCGCCAAUCAUUCCAGAAGUGUUGACAAAGUGGUGCCGACGCCGGUCUUGUGUAACGCCAACGGAACUUGGGAAGUAAUGGGCAGUCCGGUUUGUGAAGACGACGAAUCGCCCGUCCUAAAAUGUAUCCCUGUAAUCACGUGGUACUUCGAACCCAACGUUACUUCCGGUGAAGUCACGUGGAUAGAACCGGAAGUUGACGAUAAUGGCGGGAACGUGCAUGUUGAAAAGAUUUCUGGGCCGGAUAGCGGUGAUAUUUUAUCGACCGGAAGUUACGAGGUCGUGUAUAAAGCGACAGAUGAAACUGGAAAUACUUCACCGUAUUGUACAGUGACAAUAAAUAUUCAAGCUCACUUAUGUCCGGACAUUAAUGACGUCAUCAAAGACAAUAACGUGACAUACACAUGCGACUCAUUUGGAGUCGGGGGUAUGUGUCAGUUGUCAUGUGUUAAUAAUUACGUCCUAUCCGGUCCCGAUACCGUCACCUGCGAAUGGGAUCCGACUUCCGGUACUGCGGCUUGGAAUUGGGAUAACACGACUUGCCUAGUCGAGGUUUGCCCAUUCCCAACAGCACCGACAAACGGAAAUGUAGAAUGUGAGUUUACGGAAAUGUCCGAGAACACAACUGACGUCACUUCUGGAAAUGAGACGGAAGAGGGUGUCACGUGUACGUUUUCUUGUGACGUGGGCUACAUGCUUCCUUAUAGGACACCAAACACUUUCACAUGCAAUAUCGAAGGCAUUUGGAGUUCAGAUAUGUUCCCAAAGGCUUGUAUUGAAACAGGCGAAGAACACAUUUCAAAGUACCAUUUCUAUCUGAUGUACACAAAUUCUUCCUGCGAUACGAGCGAACAAGAUGCCUUCCUAGAACUUUGGUCGUCAGUUCUCACAUCAGAUAUGACGUCAUAUCCGGCUUGCAUGUCCGGAUAUACGUGUCACCUUGGAGACAUGUUGUCCGGGUGCGAAUCUUACACUGGCCGAGUUCUUGUUGAAUUCUCGAUUUUCAUUGGUUGUGAGCAGGUCUUAGCAACUGGUUUGCCAUGGGAGGCUACGUGCAGUCUUACUAACGACGUCACUGAAUCAUUGAUGACGUCACUGAAAACUACCGUUGACGUCGAUGGAUUGCUUGGUGACAUCGUACUCCCUGAUGAUUGGUUGACUCACAAUUCCACAGAAGUUCCGGGGUGUCUAGAAGGAAGCGUUUUGAUUGGCUCGUUUUGUUCAAUGUGUGAAGCGGGCAGUUUCUAUUCGUCCGCCCAUGACGAGUGCCUACUUUGCGGGGUCGGUUCGUGUUCACCAAAUGCGGGACGAACAUUCUGCACGACUUGUAUGGGACGAACAACCCUUGGCCCCGGCAGUACCAGCAGUGACCACUGUUUAGAGUCCUGUCCUGCGGGAUACUUCUCGGCCAACGGUCUACAACCCUGUCUCCCGUGCGUCACGGGAAGUUACCAGCACGAGGAGGCGACUAGCACGUGCAUCACGUGUAAUCCUGACACGUGGACGCUUGGCGAGGGAAGUACUUCCGCUUCAGAUUGUAUUGAUUACGAUAUCUACUUUGACACUGACCUUCCUGACGUUGAGCUGACGUCACUAAGUGAUGACGUCACUAUGGUGAUGUGGGUGAAGAGCUACUAUGUCCCCAUGGUUACUGUUGGACUGUUUUCCGGCACUGGAGAACAUGUAUUCCUUUUUGAGGCGACCACAAAGCCGUCCAUAAUUGUUGGCUGGGACAACGAACCAAUCGAUGUUUCUUUGGAAGCAGGCGAUUGGACAAUGUUCGGUGUCACGUGGUCAGCCGGGUCACGUGAUGUAAACGUGUAUAUAGACGGCGAGCACGUGAAAAGCGUUUCCUUAUCAACGCUGGGAGAUGAACCGGAAACGCUUCGUAUGUCGGUUGGCAACACGACAUAUAUAUCGGGACUAAGUGUCGCCAACACAUCUGUCACGAGUGACAACAUGGCGCAGCUGUACGCUGAGUGUGGGGCUAAGCUUCCGGAAGCGUCCGUCGGGUUGGAUACCUUGGCUGGCAUGAGGCUUCCUGAGGCAAAAUUUACAGCGACCACUUGCAAAGCCUCGAACGCUACAUUAGAGGCGGACCACUGUGGUUUACAUGCUUGUCAAAAUGGCGGCGUCUGUGAACGUCACGUGACUGGUCCUGGGUAUUCUUGCGCAUGCGUAGAGCCUUGGGGUGGUCUAUUUUGUGACGAAGAACUAGUGCACGGUGGGUGGGGGGAAUGGGUGUGGGUGGGGGAGUGUUCACGCACGUGCGGUAAUGGUACCCGGCAGCGCUUUCGUCACUGUAACAACCCGGUCAGUAGCCUGUAUGGGGACGAGUGUAACGGAACCAGUACAGAAACUGUUGAGUGUUUCAUCCAGGACUGUCCAGUUUGUGGAGCACCUAUUUCCGUUGGCGGAGUCACGUGCGAGUUGAUUGACGGCGAGUGUGAGGUCACGUGUCCCCCUGGUUACGUAUUGCCACGUGGUCAAGGUAACCAGAACUUCCGGUGUGGAGAGGAAACGGACUUUAAAUGGCUGCCAUUGAAUAGGCUUCCAAUUUGUGCUGAAAGCCUUCAACCUGACAGUUAUACUAUGACGAUUACGUUUUCCAUGAGCUUAGCCGUACCUUGUGACGUCAUAUCCAACGUCACUGAUGCUUUCGCCGCGCUCUUCGAAACGGCACGCUGUCAAACGGAAAACCCGCAAUGUCAGAUGACUGUAGUAAUUACUAAUUGUGAAGAAAGUCGUCGAAAAAGGAGCAGCCAUGAAUCGAAUUUUGAACUUAUGUUUAAAAUACCGCUAGUGAAGAGGAACACGUUCAAUUUGCCGGAGUAUUAUGCAACGUCUACUCCGUCAGACAGCGUAAAGGAAGCAGUAGCGGCACUGUCUCUUCUCCAGUCGACGGCAAGAGACAUACAGACGGACGGACGAACAUAUGCCGUCACUGUCAACGGCGUAACAUAUACCAUAUUGGUGGAUACUAUUACUGUGACAACCAGUACUAACUGUGCGGCAGGGCUGGUUCCAAUGGAAACCGUUUGCGUCCUGUGUCAAAAGGGCACCUAUUUAUGGAACGAUCUGUGUGCCUCGUGCGAGAGAGGAAGUUAUCAAAAUGGCACAGGCGCCACGAGCUGUACUUCCUGUCCGAGCAACCAACAGACUUCAAUCGUUGGCGCAUGGGAUGCCGCUGAAUGUAUUGUUCCUCCAGAAUCGCCGGUACCACAGGAUAAUACUUUUAUCAUAAUCAUCGCCGUUGUUGCGGUAGUGAUGGUCAUCAUAUUCGUAGCGAUAUUCGUUAUGGCUCGACGGUUACAUAUUGGCGCCCAAUACAGACGACAAGAAGACAUGGAGGCCGAGAAGAUUUCCCUGUAUACCGACUUCCCUGAUGUAGCUUACAACAUUUACUACAAACGUCGGCAAGUGGUCGGUUUUGAUGAAGAAGGUCAUCCGAUUGUCGAGCAAAUACGUCAGAACGGUGACGUCAUACAUAAAUCUGAUGACGUCAUAUCCGGUCAUGAGGAACGGGAGGAAAAUGAGGGGUACCAAUCGCGGCUAUCGACAAAGAGCCCUCUGGCAUACCCGGAACCGGAAACUUCGGAAGAUCCCUGUACACGUGAUCCGUGCGUCAACGCUUGGGACGAAACAUUUGUGCGUCCGUACGAGUACCCUGACAUACAGCAAUGGGAUUUUCCGAAAAUAGACCAAGCGGUGAGAUAUAGAGUACCCGGGCGCUGUCAUUUACAAAACUCAUACCCGCUUGAGCAGUUUGGGUUGACGCCGGAGUUUAAAACGCACAGCCGAAAGACACUUCCGCUUCCGGUGGAGAUGCCGAUGCCAAAACACUUGCCACAACUCAUGUUACGUGUACCCGAGAAAAUGUCUUUAAUGCAGAUAUUCAAAGCAAAGUUCGGAAUCAAAAUUCCAAAAGAUUUCCCGGAAGAAGGUAUAGACCUUCAUGCAAAACAAAUUCAAGCUCCGGGAAAUCAAAAUUCCGACGAGGAUGAAAUUCCGCAUCCACCAGUUUUCCAAAAACGGAAGCGAUCGGUGUCAAUGGAAACCGAUCAUCCACUACCGAAAUCAAUACAACGUCCGAAAUCAAGUUUUGUGCAUCCACCGCCUUCUACUCAAGUUGAUACACGUUAUGUAUUUGGCCGUCACUCGGGUAAGCCGGAGUCGCGUUCGAAUUCAAGUUUGGUCCAACAUCCGUCCCCUCAUCCGUUUGCGCCACCUUUAUCUCCGAGACAGUUUUCGCCCCCGUCACCGAGGAGCUCGCCAAACAUGACGUCACAUCCUCCACCAAGACCGGUUAUGAUGCCAUCUCCAAGAAUAACGAUUGACGUCGGAGACUUAUCAAACAAACCACGACCGUCUCCUAAUAUGUUUGCAGAAAGUCCAAGCAAGAACAUUAAAAUUAUAAAAAGAAAUGUACUUCCUUCAAUAACCAAUGGUUCUGCGUUCUCUCCAAGGUCUCAGUUUUCAGAGGAAAGUACACCACGUCCGAUGACGUCUCAAACAAGCACUCUACGGACUCCUCGCGUUGGCGUCGGUUUUGACGUCGAUGACGUCAUGUUACCCCGUCCGCAGACAUCAUUUACUCUCCAAAAGCCCAGGGCGGCGCUAAAGGACCUUUCUCAAGAGCGUCCUAAAACGAGCAUGACAGGUGGCCGGAGGUCUGUUAACAUACAUGAAGAUUUCGAACGUAAAGAGCGGCCAUCUACGGCCGCUUCCUCACUUCGUCCACUGACUGUAGCGUCUUCGAAGAAAUCAAACAGAAGCUUUACUCGACCCAUGACAGAUGCCCAUUCCGCUAUGGAAACGAUAGUGGCGCCCCAUUCUGCGCGUCCGCAGACAUGCCCACCGCUGCCGCAGGAAAUCACUGACACGUAUCGUCCUUUUUCCGUCGGUCACCGUCCCAUAACGCCCGUUGAACAUCCACGCCCUGUUAUGCACACUGCGGUCAGUGUCCAACGGAAGUCAGACUAUAGCAUGCUCCACGCGCCGUCGACACUCGAGUAUGGCCGUCCGCCACAGGGCUUCCGAUUCGAUCACCGGGAGCAUUUUUUAACGCCUCCGCCCACCUUAGCUAGUAAGUCCCCGCGUAUCAGCUUCAUGACACCUCAAAAUACUACCGGCACCUUAAUGGUCGCAACGGAAGAAAGCGAAGAUGAUAUUGGUGAAUAUGACGGAAACUUUUUCCUGACCCAAUUACAAGACAACCCAAGCACAAGUUCUUUAAGAGGGAGCGAUACUGGUCGAAAGAAGAAGAGGAAGGCGAAGAAGCGGUCUCCGCCGCCGAUUUACAGCAAUACCAGCGAUGAUAGGGUCAUCGAAUCUGCCUCCCCAAGACCUUCAACAAGGAGUUAACGCAGCCAGUGAUACACUUAGGGUCAUAAAUGUAUGGACAGAUAUAAAAAAACGGGAAAAAAGAACAAUGACGUCAGUUUAUUUAACUUAACCGUGACAAACUAAACGUGUAUUUGUCUUAUUUUGUACUGAAUAAUGUUCCAUUUUAACAUGCUUUGUAGAACCAUAUUCUCCCCAAAAUCUCAUUUUUCUCACUUGUGAAAAAUGGGAUCUCAUUUUUCACACAACGCAUUUCCUAUGAAAUUUGUGAUCGAUGCAGGUUUUUGAAGUAAAAUGAUAUCGCGUAUUUUACAUGUUAAUUCUUCUGUCCUAUUUUACCACAAAUGUGGUUAACUAUGCAUAAUUCUGGUAAAUCUUCAUAUAAAAAUCCGAGUAUUGAUUUAGCUAAUUACUCACCUAUAUACUCUUUUUUUUUUAAAGUCCAAUAUAUCUGACAUAAAAGUUAAGCGAACAGAUAUUAACAAAAGUAUGUUACCAGUCACUCGUCUAAAUGUGGUUUGGUGUUAUGUCGACAGACAGACGGACGAACGUACAUAAUUGUAAGGCAAAAAUAAUAAUUCUAUAUCUGCCACUCAAGACGAUGCUGCUGCUGCUGCUAGUAAUGAUAAUGAUUCCAUUAAGACGUUGCAACACUUAAAGGCAUGGACAGACAUAAUAUGAGAACAAAUAGGAUCUUAAGUUUCACAAGUGUUUGAAAAAUGAUAUUAUCGUGGGUAAUACAUGGCCAUACCUUGAUUUGAAUUACCCCUUUGUUUAACAAUUAUAAUUCCAUCCUAUCAUAUCUGUUAUUAUCAGCGUUUUUAAACGUUAAUUGUAAAUAUCAAAAGAACACCGUAAAAAUCUGGUAUAUAAUAGUAAUAAUAACGUGUAAUUUGUAUUACUAAGUCCAAAUUGAUUCCCAGUAAAGUGUAUUAUUGCAUUAAUAAUGAAGAUUCCUUAAAGUGAAGUCCUAAGCCUUUACUGCUAAAUUGAAAUUUCUACGCGAUCUACUUGCAGCGUAGUUAAAUGUAAAAAUAACUGACAUUAUAGACCGUGUAUAAUGACCGAGAUGUUCCGAUUGCGAGGUGAGUGUGACGUUUCUACCGGGUUCCAAUUAAGAUUAUUGAAUAUUUCAUAGUUUAUUAAAGUAUUAUCAACAAUGACAGAUAAAACAACAUGAUC